CAGGGCACCCACGGCCUUGCUCUGACGAGGACACGGACACACGAUUCCCACAAUGACAACCGCCCCGAUCUGUCUUUCCCCUUCGCCACCACUGAUCUCAACCGUGGUGGCUUCACUGAUGAGUAUCGUGCCGUUUCAGAGAGUGGUUUCAUGCCCGCGGACCUCGCGCUGCGGCCCGUACCCUCUCAUGUAUACCGUCUACCUCAAGCGCUCGCCGACCCCGAGAAGGCGCGCGAGCUCAGGCAGAUGAAGCUGGUGACAUGGAAGGAAGCUGAUCCUGAAGAUCCUCGUAACUGGUCCAAUGCGUAUCGGUGGUAUAUCACCGCCGUCUGUGCCAUAGCGGUCGUCCAAGUCGCGUUCGCGAGUGCGGUUGUCACCGGCGACUUCAAGGACAUUGAGUCAGAGUUCCAUGUGGGUGAAGUCGUGACAGCCCUGAGCGUCUCGCUCAUGGUCGUUGGCUUCGGUAUCGGUCCCCUCGCCUGGUCGCCUCUGAGCGAGCUUUACGGUCGGCGCCCGAUCUGGAUGAUACCCAGCUUUAUCUAUGUCAUUUUCAACAUUCCCUGCGCCGUUGCCACGAACAUCCAGACGCUGCUGAUCUGCCGGUUCUUCUGCGGCAUAUUCGCGUCUGCGCCGCUCACGCUCGCAGGCGGGACCAUCUCCGACGUAUGGGACAACAACGAGCGAGGCAUGGCGAUCGCGCUGUUCGCCGCCGCGCCCUACGGCGGCCCCGUCCUCGGCCCCAUCGUCGGCGGCUUCGUCGGCGAGACCGUCGGGUGGAGAUGGAUUAUUUGGGUGAACAUGAUCUUCGCCGGUGUCGUGACCGCAUUCACCUUCACCAUUCCGGAGACGUUUGCCCCUGUGCUCCUCAGGAAGCGCGCCGAGAUGCUGCGCAAGACGACGGGCGACCACACGAUUACCACCGAGCAAGAGCUAUUCAGAGCCUCGAUCUCGCAGAUCCUCGUCGAAACCCUCCUUCGGCCAUUCCAGAUGAUCCUUGAAGAGCCCAUCCUGCUCCUCAUGAGCCUGUACGUCGCGCUCAUCUACGGCCUCCUCUACGCCUUCUUCUUCUCGUACCCCGUCGUCUUCGGCGAGUACUACGGCUGGAACGACGGCAUGGUUGGCCUCACCUUCUGCUCCGUGCUCAUCGGCGUCGCCCUCGCGCUCUUCGUCACGCCCCGCAUCGAGCGCGACUACCUCCGCCGCGCCGCCGCGAAGGGCGGGCUCGCGGAUCCCGAGGACCGUCUCCCGGGCAUGAUGAUCGGCUGUUGGUUCGUCCCCAUCUCGCUGUUCAUCUUCGGGUGGACGAGUCCCCCCGCCGUCAUGCCGGGCGGAGGUAAUUGGGUCGGGCCCGUGUCCUCUGGGGUGCCCUUUGGCUUUGGCAUGGUCGUCAUCUACGCCUCCGCCAACGCGUACCUGAUCGACGCGUUCCCCGGGUACGUUGCGUCUGCGCUCGCUGCGAAGACUGUCAUCCGGUCUGGCUCUGGGGCUGCGAUGCCGCUGUUCAUCACUGCCAUGUACCACAACCUCGGCAAUGGCUGGGCGGCGUCGACGUGGGCGUUCAUCUCUGCUGCGAUGAUUCCCAUUCCGUUCUUGUUCUACCGGUACGGGCGUGCGAUCCGUUCGCGCUCAAAGCGUGCCGCUGCGUAAUCGCACUAUUCUUGUCGCCGAAUCUUCUGCCUGUUUCCCGGUCUACCAUACAUCCAACCAAUUUGCUGCUCUCGCAUCAUUCUUCUCUUCGCACAUCCAAGUCGCUCUCCAUCUCGUCAACUGCGUCCACCCUCAUAGAUCAU